AUGCUCGGUUCGUCCGAAGCGACGCUUAGUCCUCCUCUUCCCUCACUUCACUACUCUCCCUCUGUCGGGGAUCACGAUCGCGCAUCUACCCGGGAUUCGACCCCCGUUACCACUCCUCUCGGGUUUGGCCUAUCGUCGCGCAGACCGGAUAAGGAAAAGAUCUCGGAUCGGCCGUGGGCUGGAGACUCUCUCGACUUCGACUUCAGCGACGUUCAUUCCCCGUAUAUCGAUAGUCGGCAACUCCAUCCUCCUUUUCACCAGGACCUUGACUUUCCUCUCUUUCCUUCAUCGCCUCCCCCGACCACAAAUAACACCGCUACCAACAUGGCUGGUGCCGCUCCCAUCGACAUCGCCACCCGCCAGAGCUCUGUCUCGCCUCCGGGACAGCAGGCUUCGAACCUCACAUCAGCUCUGCAAAGAGCGAAUAAUGCAGAGCGGACGCCUAGUUUCUCUCAUGCGAAUGGCAUCGGAUUGAACGUCUUCAAGGCGCCCCCGCCCCGCAAAGACUCGAUCGGGGCAGCUACCGCACAAUGGGGCAACGGAACGAAACCAAUCUCGAUGUCUGGAUCUAAUCGUGAUAACCCUCGGCGGGAGUCAUUAGCAGGCAGCUUAGUCGGUGGAAUGAGCUGGGGAGGAGUUUCUGUGGGCAGUUGGAUUCGUGAUGAUAUUAUUAUGACUGGCACGUCACCUUUCGCAUUUCAGUCACCCUCCUUCCAUUCUUCCUCAUAUUUGCCGAAAUUGGAAGCGAACUUCAUGCGCGAUUUCUCCUGUUGCGGAGUGACUCUCCCGACACUCCACGAUCUGUUACAGCACUAUGAAGAAGCCCACGCCACCAAGUCGCCGCAUCAAGGUCAUCGCCCCAGUCAAGCGGAUGGCAGAGCAGCUAUGGCAGCCGCCGUCAUGCAGCAGCAGAAUCAGCAGAACCCCAACCAAGCUCGCGGGUUGCAACCAGACCGAACCAUGGAUAUGCAGCGGAAAAUGAAUCAAACGCCGCAACUUCCGCAGCAUUCCGACUUGGAUACCAUCGAUGAUAUGGAAAUGGACGAUGCGAUCGGCGAUGGAAGCGAUGCCGCAUCGCAAUUAUUCUCCCCUCAGGUGCGCGAUGGGGGUCAAGGAGGAUUCGGAAAUGGCAAUCAAAGAGUUCCGCAUCUGAAUCUGUCCAUGCUUCCCGGUCACCAGGGCUUCAAAGGCUCGCAGCCAGGAACGCCUGUUGCCUCCGGACGACCUUUGUCGCUGCAAAACAACCCUACCGUCUCCUCCGUUAACACACCCACCUUGAUGGCGAAUCCGUUACAAAACUCACAGUUCCGAGCGACCCCCGAUUCCUCGGCGCCCGGCACUCCGGCUGAACUUGAGGAGAGUAUGGUUGGCGGUUUCCACGACUUGAAUAUGCAGAACCCCAUGAUGCAAGGUCAGCCGCAAUUUGGCCGGUUUGCUGGUAACAGCGACAUGGUCGAUCUUUGUAUCGACGAGCCAGCCAAGCGUCUGUUCAGUCCCACCGGUGGUCUUAACACUCCCAACGCCCACUUCAAGCUCAGCGGAGCUCAAUAUGGACCGAACAGCGAAAUCGCUCGGCGGAUUCGCGAGCAGCAGCUGCUGGCAGGUGUCCCUGAUACCACUGCGCUCCUGCCCAACGAGGAGCCCAAGCCUUUCCGUUGUCCCGUCAUUGGCUGCGAGAAGGCAUACAAGAACCAGAACGGUUUGAAAUACCACAAAGCACACGGCCAUAAUAACCAGCAGUUACAUGAUAACGCGGAUGGAACCUUCUCCAUCGUCAAUCCUGAGACAUCGACUCCUUACCCGGGUACUCUUGGCAUGGAGAAAGAGAAGCCAUAUCGCUGCGAAGUUUGUGGCAAGCGCUACAAGAACCUCAACGGGUUGAAGUACCACAAAUCCCACUCCCCGCCAUGCAACCCCGACUUCCAGAUCGCUGCAGGUCGUAAUCUGGCGUUUGGCGGGGGUGUCAUGCAGGGACAGAACAUCAACGUUGCUGGGGCUGGCCUACCUGGCAUCGGUGAGGAAGGUCUUCUCUAA